GGGUCACAGUAUCAAGUAGUAUUUAUAUAUACUAUGAAGUUAACAGAUUUUAGACAAACCAUGCCAUGUAAUCAGAUUAAAAACUGAUACAAUGGUAACAUCCAUGAAGUAAGGUAAUGGAAGAGGUGUAAGUGAAAGAGAUCAAGCUCCUGACAGUUGAGGACCUUAAGUUUUCUUCCAACAUCGUGACAUUGGUUGGAGGUUGUACAAGAAACCACAGAAUGUCCUUAAAACCGCGGGUGGUGGAUUUUGAUGAGACAUGGAACAAGCUCUUGACGACAAUCAAAGCAGUAGUAAUGCUUGACUAUGUGGAAAGAGCAACAUGGAAUGAUCGAUUUUCUGACAUUUAUGCAUUGUGUGUUGCUUACCCAGAACCUCUGGGUGAGAGAUUGUACACAGAGACAAAAAUAUUCCUAGAGAAUCAUGUUCGUCAGUUGUACAAGAAAGUACUUGAGUCAGAAGAAAAGCUUCUUGUGAUGUAUCACAGAUAUUGGGAAGAAUACAGCAAGGGGGCAGAUUACAUGGAUUGCUUGUACAGGUAUCUCAACACGCAGUUUAUUAAGAAAAACAAGCUGACUGAAGCUGACCUGCAGUAUGGAUACGGAGGUGUAGAUAUGAAUGAACCACUAAUGGAGAUUGGAGAGCUUGCUCUUGACAUGUGGAGGAAACUAAUGAUUGAACCUCUGCAAGCUGUUCUUAUCAGGAUGCUACUGAAUGAGAUAAAAAAUGAUCGGUGUGGUGAGGAUCCCAAUCAGAAAGUAAUCCAUGGGGUUAUCAACUCCUUUGUUCAUGUUGAACAGUACAAGAAGAAGUUUCCUUUAAAGUUUUACCAGGAAAUCUUUGAAGGGCCCUUCUUGACAAAAACGGGCGAGUAUUACAAACAGGAAGCCUCCAACCUUCUGCAAGAGUCCAACUGCUCACAAUAUAUGGAGAAGGUCCUAGGGCGGUUGAAAGAUGAGGAAGUGCGAUGUCGGAAGUACCUUCACCCCAGCUCCUAUGGUAAAGUCAUCCAUGAAUGUCAGCAGAGGAUGGUGGCUGACCACCUUCAGUUCCUGCAUGGAGAGUGCCAGAACAUCAUUCGACAGGAGAAGAGAGACGACAUGGCAAAUAUGUACACCUUGCUGAGAGCUGUCUCAAAUGGAUUACCUCACAUGAUCCAGGAGCUUCAAGUCCAUAUUCAUGAUGAGGGGCUUCGAGCUACCAGUAACCCCUCUCAGGAAAAUAUGCCAACUCAGUUUGUGGAGUCUGUGCUGGAAGUCCACAGUAAAUUUGUCCAGCUGAUUAACACGGUGCUGAAUGGAGAUCAACAUUUCAUGAGUGCAUUAGAUAAGGCCUUGACCUCUGUAGUGAACAACAGGGAACCAAAGUCCAUCUGCAAGGCCCCUGAACUGCUUGCCAAGUACUGUGACAAUCUGUUGAAGAAAUCUGCGAAGGGAAUGACUGAGAAUGAGGUAGAGGACAAGCUGACCAGUUUCAUCACAGUUUUCAAGUACAUUGAUGACAAGGAUGUCUUUCAGAAGUUUUAUGCGAGAAUGCUGGCAAAGAGGUUAAUACAUGGACUGUCUUUAUCCAUGGAUUCAGAGGAGGCCAUGAUCAACAAGCUGAAGCAAGCAUGUGGUUAUGAAUUCACAAGCAAGCUUCACAGAAUGUAUACAGACAUGAGUGUGAGCGCCGACCUCAACAACAAAUUCAACAAUUUCAUCAAAACCCAAGAGACAGUGGUUGACUUGGGCAUUGGUUUUCAGAUCUAUGUGUUACAGGCGGGUGCGUGGCCCCUCACACAUGCUCCUUCCUCAACGUUUGCCAUCCCCCAGGAGCUGGAGAAAAGUGUACAGAUGUUUGAAUUAUUUUACAAUCAGCACUUCAGCGGGAGGAAGUUGACCUGGCUACAUUUCCUCUGCACAGGAGAAGUGAAAAUGAAUUAUCUGUCAAAGCCAUAUGUUGCCAUAGUGACUACCUAUCAGAUGGCUGUGCUGCUCGCGUUCAACAACAGUGAGACGGUGAGCUACAAGGAGCUGCAGGACAGUACGCAGAUGAGUGAGAAGGAGCUACAGAAGACCAUCAAGUCUCUGCUGGAUGUCAAGAUGCUCAACCAUGACUCUCAGAAAGAGGAAAUUGAAACAGAAUCAACAUUUUCACUAAAUUUGACUUUCACCAGUAAAAGAACAAAGUUCAAGAUCACAACAUCAAUGCAGAAAGACACACCACAGGAGAUGGAGCAGACGCGGAGUGCAGUGGAUGAAGACCGAAAAAUGUAUUUACAAGCUGCAAUAGUGAGAAUCAUGAAAGCCAGAAAAGUCCUGAGACACAACGCUUUAAUCCAAGAAGUGAUUAACCAGUCCAAAGCCCGGUUCAACCCCAGUAUCAGCAUGAUCAAGAAGUGCAUUGAGGUCCUGAUCGACAAGCAGUACAUUGAGCGGAGCCAGAGCUCAGCCGACGAGUACAGCUAUGUCGCAUAACAUGCACAAAAGAGAAAGCAACAAAUGCAAAAGCGGAACGAAACAAAAUCUAACAAAAAUAGACCAUUAUUAUCAGUUUCUUUUCUGUCGGCAGCGACUGCCAUGGCUAUGACCUGAUUUUGGAGGAAGCGUCUGGACUGUUACUUCAUUUCGGAAAUGGCCAUGGAGUUGCCAGGCAGCCACCAGAUGCCCCCAACACCCCACUCCAUCACUCUCCUGCCCCACCCCAGCCUCACCCUUCUUUAUGCUGUUUACAACAUCACCAGUGCCACGCCAUGUGCGUCAAUGAGAAAUGCCUAUAGCUACUGGAGCGCAAAUGCUGAUAAACCAUUUCUCAGAAGCAUAACUGAAAAAAUAAGAACGCAAAAGACAGAAUGAAAAUUGAGAUGCGUUCCAGAUAUAAGAUGUAUGAAGCAAGACAUAAGAAAUUACAAAACAAAAAAAAAAUUUAAAGGAAGAAAAACAACCAUGCUUUUUUUCUCACGUUUGCAGUUGUUGUGUGUUUUUUAAUGUAUCAAAGUAAGAAAAAAAAAAAACUAUUGUAAUAAAACCGGCAUACUGAUAACUGUAUUUACUUCAAAAUGUAAAGACAUUAAAAAAUGAGGUGACAGACAUGAUCCUGCUGCUUGUCAAUAAAUAAAGAAAACAGCCAAUGUUA